AUGUCAGAUCCUAAGAAAACCAUCCAAUCCAAUUCCUGUUUGAUAAAGAAGAAGAAGAUGGAUCAGUUGGACAAAUUAAGCAACCUACCAACUGGUGUUACACACCAGAUUUUGUCAUACUUACCUAUCAAGCAGGCAGUGAGGACAAGUAUUUUAUCAAGUGACUGGAGGUACAAAUGGGCUCAGCUUCCAUGUCUUGUGUUUGAUGAUAGAACUCAUAGAAGUGGAUAUCCAAUUGCAAAGGUUGUGGAUCAUGUGCUGUUACUUCAUAGUGGCCGCAUUGACACUUUCAAGCUUUCUACUUUUAACUAUCCAGCCGCUAGGGAUAUAGAUAAAUGGAUUUCUCAUCUAUCAAGAAGCAAUGUCAAAGUGUUCGUACUGAAAGUAUGGGAGCUGCUGCCUCGAUACAAUGUGUUUUCCUGCUUCUUUUCUUUUAAAGAUUUGACUCAUUUAGAGUUAUGCAAUUGUUUGCUUAAACCUCCAACGACAUUCAAAGGCUUCAGGAUGUUGAAGAGCCUUCAUCUUCAAGAAGUUAUUGUGUCCGGACAUGUGUUGGGAAAACUAAUAGCUUGCUGUCCUCAGCUUGAGAGAAUAAUUCUAUGUGACUUAAAGGGAAUCACUGAUGUCACUAUUGAUGCACCAAGUAUCCGGUUCCUUAGAGUUCGAGGCAGUUUUGAGGAUGUUCUACUAGCAAAUACCUUAAAUCUUGUUGAUGUUUCAAUUGACUGGAAACAAGUUUCUACAAUCAGUUCUAGCAAAUUGCUCAGGUAUUUUUUUGAACUGCCUCGUAUUGAAAGGCUCACACUUAAGGAUGGCUUUUUAGAGUAUGCUGUUGGUUCCUUGACCAAGAAUCUGCUGCCUACACCAUGUCUAUGUCUGAAGUUUCUUUCUAUAAGAAUAUGCUUGAAUAAUUUGGAUGAGAUUUCAACUGCUAUCCACCUUAUGAGAAGCGCACCUGCUCUACAAGAACUAGACAUUUUGGUUCGAAAAGGAGAGGAGACUAAUGAUGGAAAAGCAACCUAUUGUUUAAUUGACAAACAGAAUUGGGAAUUCACCCAACUGCAACGAAUGAAAGUAACCGGCUUCUCUGGUGUCAAAGCAGAAGUAGACUUCAUUGAAUUUCUGUUAUUAACCUCACCUGGUCUUCAAGAACUAGAAAUUUCAUUUUGUCAAGAUGUGAAAAAAGUGGACUUUUCUUGGUUAGAUGACAACCAGAAGACUUGUGCAUUCACACAACUGCUAGUUGUGAAAGUAACUGGCUUCUCUGGUGUCAGAGCCGAAGUAGAUUUCAUUAGAUUUCUGCUUUCAAGCACUUCUAAAGUGAUUCUUCAACCUGCUUCUGUCAAAGUUUAUUGGGAUGUAUUUAAAUUAUUGCCGGUGUUCAGACGCGACUCAUUACAUGCAGAUUUAAAGCUCUUGGGCCCAUCAAUUCAUGUACAGGAUUCUGAUGACUCAUCCUUCUGUCUCCGACUCUGA